CUUUCAGUUGACUUCAUCGCCCUUGUCGUAGACAUGGCCAGCCCAGAACGACAGGAACUACUCAGAAAUGCGGUAGUAUUUCUCAGAGACCCUAAGGCGCGCAUUGUGCAGACUCAAUCGUCACCCCUUGCUCAACGGGUCCAGUUCCUUGAAGCAAAGGGACUAACCGGUUCUGAAAUUGAAGAGGCCAUGCGACAGGCCGCUGCUAGUCAGCCCGUCCCUUACGCUCCUCCACAAGCGUACGGAGUGUACCAGCCUGCAUACGGAUCCGCACCAUACGGCGCACAACCUCCACAGCCAUGGGAUUGGCGCGACUACUUCGUAAGGUCGCACAUCACUGCUGUUGUGUCUGGCACGAUAGUCUACGGCGCAGUCGCAUUGUUCAAGAAAUACGUUAAACCGCACCUAAGUCCACCUUCCGCAACUGCAUAUGAAGAAGAUCGCGAUGCAUUGACAGCUCAGUUUGACGCUGCGGAGACCAUGUUGAAAGAAAUACAAAUGGAAACCAAUACGGUCCGGCUGGUAGUGGAGGAGCAAAGAGAGAAGAUCGUGAAGACUACACAGGAGGUAGAGAACGUGGUUCAAGAGAUGCGUAAGAACGAGGGAGAAAUGCACAACGCGCUUAGAGAGAUGCGGGACGAGGUUCAAACUAUAAAAGACAUGCUCCCAAAGAUGAUUGACAAGAGCAAGGAAACGCAUACACAGUCUCUUGUUGAGCUUCAACAGGAGCUCAAGUCACUGAAAACUCUGCUACUGACCCGCGGAUCUAACGGCGUUAGCGGAGCUACUACUCCAAUAAUCCCCUCGAAGCCGUCAAUUCCGCCAUGGCAAUUGGCAGGCUCCAGUCACUUGAGUAAUGGAUCUUCUUCGUCUCCGACCAACCCAACCUCUGCUCAGGCUCCAAAACUAAAGCAAGCUGUGCCCGAACCUCAAAGUCAACUGUCCAACACUGAGGAGAGAGCAAUUCAUUCUUCGGAAUCCGUAAAGGCCGAUGUCACUUUGAUUCCAUCCUCCGAUUCACCUGCAGAAGAACCAUCGCAGUCUCAGUCUUCCCUGGUUCCCCAGGACACAGACUCUCCGUUGUCCUCAGCCACAGAGGCUCGCGUGGGUGCGGAAGCAGAGAGCGAUGAAGAGAUGAUAGUCGACUUGAAACAAGAUUUACCGGAGGUCUCAUUAGCACCAGCAGCUUCGACAUUUACGGGCGACGUACCGGACGGCUCUCCAUGUCUUCUAGAUGCUAGCAACCCUCUUGCUCAAGGAGGCGAUGAAGACGCGUCUCGGGAGGUUCUAGAUACAACUGUCAGCACAUCGUCUUCGGAGCAGAUGAAUCCUGCGCAGAGCGUAGUAAAUAUCGCCGAUGUCGCGUCUCUCGUAUCACCCGAUGGACUGACAUCAAAAGUUAUCGAAGAAGACCUUCUAUCUGGUUCGCAGAACCAGGCGCUGUCGGAUGCUCACCAAGGUGCAGACAUCGAAAGUUUGCAACAACGAUUAAAGUUGGUCGAACAGCGAUUCGCUGACGUGUCCACAUCGUUCACGAGGCUGCAAGCCGAAAAAGCGGCUGCAGACCGUGUCUUGCAUGAGCUGACUUCAGUCGAAAGCAUGGUCGAAGCGGACGGUCUCCGCGACUUCUUGCAAAACCUCAAUUUAAAGACUGAGAUGGCGCAGGACGAGAUCAAGCGGCUAACUGGAAAACUUACAAGACAGGAGGAACGUAUCGAAGAGCUGCGAGACAUUCACCGCCUUGAAUCGAAGUCGCAGUCUGACCAGAUUCGGAAGCUGCGGGGCGAACUGGAAGAAGCUGAGGCCUUAAUUAGAGCGAACCAAGGCUCUGCGGCGCAUCUCGAGGGGCAGGUUGCUAAGCAGAAGGCGGAAGUGGAACGUCUGCACGUUGAGGUAGACAAGACGAAGGUGUCGGUGAAGGACGAGGAAGAGAAGCGUGUCAAAGCAGUUAGUCUGCUGAAGACCGUUCGCCAGAAGCUUGUGAAAGCUGAGAAGGAGCGUGACGACGCGACGAAGGAAGUCCAGGGUUUGAAGGACAAGGAGAAGGAAGAGAGGGAGAGGGAGAAGGUUGAAAGGCAGCAGCUGCAGGAUGAGAUCCAGAAGGUGAACGGAGAGCGAGAGACCGCGGUGCAGGGCCUCAGGGCGCAGUUUGACAAAGAGGUUGCUGGACUGAGGGACAAAUACGAGAAGGAGAUUUCUGCUCUGCGCGGUCAAUAUGAACUCGAUAUGAUCACGCUGAAGUCUGUACACUCAAAAGAGACAGAGGCGAACAACUCCCGAGCCACCGACCUUGAGGCAUUCGUGCGGAUCUUGACCACUGAGAAAGACGAUAUCUUCGAUCAACUCCAAAUGCGUCAAGCUGAACUCGAAUCAUCGCAGUCACACCUCGAGUCUCUCCAAAGUCAGACCGUGGAGCUACAAUACCAGCUCCGUGAAGCUACCGAUCGCACUGCUUUGCUCACUGACGAGCUUGCGGAGGCUCGCAAAGAACAAGCGGUAAAGCCCGAGAGUGGACCGCCUCCAGAAGAGGUUACCCGUCUACUAUCAACAGCGGAGGCCAAGUAUGAGACUCGAAUUGCCGACUUGCGCAGACGGAUCGCGGCGGUCGAGCGCGAACGAGACGAAGGAGAGGCUCUGUUUAGUAAGCGCUUGGCUGAGAAGGCGAAGGAGGUGGAGGGGCUGCAAGCUCUUGUUAACCUCUCCGCCAAAGGUCGGGAGGAAGAAGGCGAGAACAUUACCACUUUGCAAAAGGAGAUAGAAAGCCUUCGUGAGGCGUCACAAGUGCAAGGGCGGCUGUUAGUCGAGCUACAGGCAGAGGCGCAGCGCAUCCCCGAGUUGGAGACUUUGGCUCAAGCACAGGUUGCUGAAGUCAAGGCGAAGCUUACUGUUUUGGAACAGCAGCUUGAGGAAAGCAAGGCCAGGGAAGCACAAAUGCGAGCACAUAACAAGACUCUGCGGGAAGAGCUUCGCAAAGUACAAUCAUCUGCCGCUCUGCUCGAACGGCAACGUAAUCCCGGUGUCGGUUAUUGGGCAACGAGAUCUGAUGGUUCUUCGGAGACCCGAUCACCAACGUCAUCCGUCUCUGACCUUCCCAGAGAUAGUCCUCCAAGGCCUAGCUCGCCUUCGACAGGGAAGUCAGACGAAGAAGUCAACUACGAAUACUUGCGUAACGUCAUUCUUCAGUUCCUGGAGCACAGAGAGAUGAGGCCACAUCUUGUCAGGAUUCUCUCGACAAUCUUGCGGUUUACUCCGCAGGAGACUCGACGGCUCAUUGCGAAAGUUAGCUCAUGAGCUCACUAAGGCACCACUUUGGCUCCUCAGAGACUGUUGAGAGGCUCUAUCGUGUAUCGUAUCCUCCGUGAAUUAUGUCCGCGUUCCGCAAAUGAGCAAUAAGCGUACGCCUGGAAGGAA